GUACUUACUCUACGUCCCGCUCUCGCGCACGCACGCACGCUACACCCCAAAACCAAGGAGAAAACCACACAUCGAGAGUGCAAUUCGUACGUACGCGAUGGCGAAGAGCGGCACGGAGGAGUGGCGGCGCAACACCGACACGCACAAGAUGAGCGCGGAGGAGGUCCGGGCGGCCGGGGUGGAGGCCUCCAUGCGCCCGCCCGGACGCGGCCACGGCCCAGGGGAGGUGCUACACCAGCGCGGCCGGAUGCCGUACGGGCCCGGGACCAUGGCGCUCGCCGGCCUCGGCAUCUUCGGCGUCCUCGGCUACCUGGUGCUCUACCACAAGGCGAGGCCCGGCACGCCCGCCACCGAGGUUGCCAAGGUCGCCGUCGGGCACGGCGACCCCGUCGCCGGCCGUGACGCCCACAAGACCCCCGACGACGCGGCUGCUGCUGCGGCUGCGGCACGCCAAGGGAAGUAGCUAGCUAGCUAGCUGCUAGUUACUGUACUCAUCCACUGACAGAAGAUCGACGUACGUGGUGCUUUUGUUUUCUACUAGCCCAUCACCCGAUCCAUGAUCUUCUUCUUGUGUGCUGCUUCGUUUCACACAUCUUUGGUUUGGUGCCGUUUUGUUUCGUGGAUCAACCAUGUAUGCACGCAUGUUUUGAUGAUUUUGUAUGGUUAAACAAGCGGUAGAAAAUAAAAAUAAAGACGUUGUGUUAAUUUACAUUCCAGUGUA